AUGGACGCCGUGUCUCGCGGAGUUAAAGUGCAGCUCCCCAAUUAUUUGAGAUCCCUGCCAAUCCCUUCCACAUUUGGCGGAUUUCUAAAGCUUUCUGGCAGUGAAUGGGUGCAGCUUGUACCAUUGGUGGUGACAACCUCUGUGGCUGUGUACCUCGUAGUUUCAGCUCUGAUUCCAUCGAAGCCAAAAAAAAAAGAACAUGAGUGGGUGAACAAGACAAUAGAGAAGGAGAAGGAAAAAGUUGCUGAUACAUUUCAAAUUGAAGACCUAGGAGACAAAAUGGUUUGUUGCCGUUGCUGGAAAUCGAAGAAGGUUAGUGCUUCUACCAGAACCAGAGGUAAAAUGGCAGUGAGGUCUGACGAGAAACCUUUUGAUCUAUAGGGCCCCUCCCUCGGACAUGGAAAUCGGUGGGGGCGGGGGGGUAAAUCAGCUUUCAAAAUUGUUUGACAUACCAAAUCAAGGCUUCCAAUGCAGCGUUUAGUCAAGGACAGUGUUGAUUUCAAAAUCACAUUUUGAAAGUCACAGACAAAAUUUACAUUACUAAUCAGUGAAUAUUAUAUGUAAUAUGUUUUUGCUGGGAUGGAAUUCUGAUUGCGUGGUUUUAAAACAACUGGGGAUGACAAACUUAUUUAGUUGUGCUGUACUUAUAAGUUACACCAAUAAUACCCAAAUAACAACUGCAUUCUUCUGAUUGAGGAUUUCAGUAUUAUUUUACUGGAGAGUGUCUUUUAUUAGUAAUUUUGCUUCCAUCACUGGUGCUCAAUGAAGGGUAGCAUUUAUCAGAGGGUGGUAUUUAAUCAAGUUAUGUUGUAAGUUACUUACAAAAAGUGAUUUCUCCUUGAGUAUAUGAAUUUUUGAGAUCUUUGCCAUGUUCUGUGCAGGCAUCCUGAUUUUUCUCGAUUUUGAUUUUCUUACAAAAUAUAUUAUCAUUUUCAUGGUAUUUCUCACAGAUGUUUUAGGAUAUUAUUAUUUUUUCACCAUGUUAUACUUUUAUAUCAAAGUCAACAAUCAGGUCACUUUGUUUUGUCUUCUUAUUUUUUCAGUUCCCUUACUGUGAUGGUAGCCACAAUCAACACAACAAGGAAACUGGGGACAAUGUGGGUCCUAUUAUUGUCAAGAGAGCAAACCCUUCCUCUUGAAAGAGAUUCCUCUGUGCCUUGCAAAAUGUAAUCUUUUGUGCUCAGCCAGCAAGUAGUUUUAAGUAGACAGUCUAAAGUAAAUGUCAAAUUUUGUAGAUAUUCCAUUUUUAGUGUGCAAGUUGCAUGGAUUGAUUCCCUUGGCUAGGUGUUGGGUUUUUUCAAAAUUUCUCUGUUUGUUCAAAGAUCAAUGUAUCAAUGUAUUUUAGAUACGGAUAUUUUGCAUUUGACAAACACUUUCCAUUGUGAAGCUACUAAUUAUUUUUUCAACUGAAUAAAACUGAUGUAGACACUUCUUUGUUGACUUAUUGUUCCAUGUGGGGUUUUUUUUAAGAAGUAAUAUGAACAUAGAUACAAUCUUGUUAGUUAGGCUUUCAUUGUUUGUGGGGCAGUGACUACUGUUACUAUAUGUUAUGGAUUCUGAAUUUAUGAUUCAAUUUGGAAUGGGUAUCUUUUGAGGCCAGUGAUUAGGGAUUUUAUGAGUUAACUUUUGUAAAGUUUUAGCCACCAUGGUAUUAAUCCAAACUCCAAAUUCAUCAUAAUAAAGGGGGUAAGUUUCUAAAGAAACUUUGGUGCUGCAUCAGUGGAAGAGUAUAACAGGGUUACUUAGUAUUAUCAACUGAGUUGAUAACAUAAUUGGCCACUGUAAAGAGUUUCAAAGCUGACCUUUGAGUGUUAGCCCUACGUCAGAGCGAUUGGAGGAUUUGUGGGUUGUGUGUGUGUUUAUAUUCAGAAAGUGGAGCUAUGCUAUUGGUGGGGAUAUGGUGAUGAGAAAACUAGAAUAAAUUAGAGAAAGAUGUCUUUUUUGUCUUGUCACAAGUGUGGGACAAAGAAAAAAUUCUGAGUCCUCAUGAGGAAUCAAACCUCAAUAAUAAAUUAGUUGAAUGGAAAGUGCCUAUUGAUGGCAUGGGCAUCGAUGAUGCCAAUUUGAAAGAUAAAUUUUUGUUCAACAGUUUUGUGGUUUUCCAAACUGCCCAGAUGUGAGGAAAGUUUGCAAACUGCCAUAUGCUGUUUAGAAUGGUUAGGAAGAUUAAAGUGUCUAGUGACUGGUUUGGAUGCAUCCUUGUCAUUUCUCUCUAGUUGGCAAAGGACUUCUUGGAAUUGGUCACCUAGUCAUCUUCCUGUUCCACCAAUGUAUAACAUUUUGCGAAAGUUAUGCAGUAGAUGACAUUAGUGGAGGUACAUCAGAAGUAAUCAGUGAUCUUAAUGGAUCUCUUGGGUCCCAACAUUUUCUCUACAUUGUGAAUGAAAGGACAAGUUUCCCUCUGGCAAAGGGCUAAUGCACAAAACAUAAUCUUUAAAAAUAAAAAAUUUUUAGUCUCUCCUUUUCCAAAAGAGGUGUCUGGGUAAACCAGGAGCUAAGAGAAGAUGAUAUUUUUGGUAAAAAUAUUAUUUGGAAGGACACUGGAUCAGACUUCAUUGGAAAUUUUGUCAAGUUUAUCCCCACCCAGCUCACAGAGCAUUUUAAGUCUAAGGGAAGACCAGGUGAGCCUCGACAAAGAGUUGAAAAGUGGGCAUAUAAAGAAACAUUAAGCCAUCAACUUCUGAUAAUAUCAAAACAAAUUUUUUAAACUGUGUCAAGUUUUAAGUUAUCACGCAAUAACUUAUCAUCACUAAUUGUUUAGCUUCAUUAAUCUGCCUUGCUAAAACUGAUCUAUUGACGCACAUUUGUGCAAGUAUGCCAGUGCACAAGUGGAAACAGUAAGCAAGAGGCAUUUUAAACAUUCUGACGGACGCGGAAGAACUAAUAUAUAUUCAAAUUAAAAGGUCACGUGACAGAAGCGCGCUCUAAGAUGGAAGCCGUUUCGCGUGUAAUCAAAGUGCAGCUCCCAAACUAUCUCCGAUCUCUGCCGGUUCCUUCUACUUUCGGCGGAUUUUUAAAGCUCUCGGUAAAGGAAUGGCGGCAGCUUGCACCGCUUUUACUCACUCUAUCGUUCUUCAUUUAUCUCGUAAUUAAGCGGCUUACUCGGCGGUCAGCAUCGAAGCCCAGUGGGAAGAAGACGCCAGAUCAAGACUGGGUCAACAAAACACUGCAAAAGGACAAGGAGAAAGUUGCCGAUACAAUUCAGAUUGAAGAUUUAGCAGAGAAGGCGGCUUAUCAUGCUUUCUGUCGGUGUUGGAAAUCGAAAAAGGUAAAAUCAGCCAACAGGCUUUAAACAAAACAAGUUGAAUAUGUAUAUUAGGCUUCAGAUAUUGAUUUGACCGUGCAGACUCUUUUGGUAUCAAUGUGGCAUUCGUUAGGGAGAUUGCGAACUUUUUGAUAUUGAUUCGCUGUCAUUAACAGCAUUUUUCCUUCAACGUUGGGUUCGGUAACGACACUAUAUCAAAAAUUUGGAGACAGAGUAUUACAUAAUACCCAGUGUGAGUCAAUAAGGGGAGGGUGCUAUCAACUAGUUAGCGGAUUAUACUCGCUUCGGACGAAUUUUUUUUUCUCUCAGUGUGUCAUACUCAACGAAUCCAUGGAGGAGUCUGAUGUUUAAGUUACUGAAAUGAGAGAUUGGAGGCAAACCAAUCCCUGAAAAAUUGAGCCCCAUUUUAAGUUUGUUUCAUACAUUUGUGGAUCAUACAGUAUGGUUGUCAUAGUAAGGGUUAUCUCUAGAGGAACGGUUGUCAGUGGAAGGGAUUGAAAUAUUGAAAACCUGAUAGAAGAUCAUCUUAAUAGCCCUGGAAGACUUCCAAUCAGGUUGUCCAAAUGUAUCUCACUUUAUGUGGCAACAGUUAUUCUCAAGACUACCCUUACUCAGAUGAUCUAAACAUACAAUCAUUAGUUACUCUUUUUUCCCAUAAUGUUCUGUAUUUGUGAGCUGGUCACUCAAGAAUGGUACACCAGUAGAGAUGCUGACUUACAGUUGGUGAUGUGCAACCAAGCAAUUAUUGAGAUUAUAGAGUAUGUAGUGUGCAAGGUCUGUGUCAGAAAUUUUAUUUUUCAUCUGAGAAUGAAUCCAAUCUAACUCUUACACUUUGUUCUAAUCUUAAGUUCCCAAGGUGUGAUGGCUCACAUACCAAGCACAACAAAGAAACAGGAGACAAUGUGGGACCACUUGUGCUGAAGAGAAAGAAGCCUCAACCUGCUGCAGCAACCACACCUUCAUCUUAACAGGCUUCUUGAAAUUUUGCACCUACACCCCUGCACAUCUAUAAACAAACACAAAUUUAUACUGAGUGUAUUUUUGGCUCAUGUAGAUGUUGCACUAAGAACAUGAUGCACUUUUUGUAGAGGUUGAACCUUUCAGAAACUGUUAAGGUCUAGUGUUUUCAAUAAAUACUACAACCAGGUGUUAUGGUUGAAGAAACGAAAAUAAUUAUUUUGGCAAAGGAAAGGUGUGAAAUAGAUUGUUGGUCAACUUCAACUCCUCACUUUGUGAAAAAGGUGCAUAAUAAACACCUUCCUUAUAACAUUCAGUUGAGAACUAAAUAUGAUGCACUGGAAUGUUGUAGUUAGGCUAUUUGUAGUUGCAAUUCUUUAUUGAUGGAGUGAGUUUACAUGAUUCCGAUAAGGUUAUUUAUUAAGGUCACAAGAAUGAAGAAAAUGAUCACCAAUUAAAGAGGAUUAUGAUUGUCAAACAAAUUCUCCUUGUCAGCAACAUACGAAAUGUGUAGAGGACAGUCUGGAGAAUAUGCAUACUGAUGUUAGAGUGUAAAGUGUUACACAAGGAGAAUCCUUCUAUGAUUUUAAGGGGUCUGUUAUUUGGUGAGGAAAGUGGAUGGGUAUCUCUUCCUCUUCAAUACCUUGACCACUAAACUCACCUGUGUAAAUCAAUUUACGGAAAAGUAGAAACUACUAAUUAAUACUUGUCUCCAUGAGCCCUGUUCAACACCAGGACCUUGUAGUAUUGAUACAGUCCUUAUGAACUACUUAAGAGAAUAGAGAAAGGUGUUUUUCAUCAUGUUACAAGCAUUGGACAAAGGUACAAUUCUGAAUCCCCACGAGGAGUCAAACCUCAGACCUUUGGAUUCUGCACUCUAAUGCUCUACCACUUAGCCACAGAGAGUCUAUGGUGAGCAAGGCCUGUUAUGAGAUUUGUAUGUGACAUGUUAGGAUCAGUGAUGUGGAUAGCAUCAUGUUAGUUAGUAAAAUAAGACAGAUGGUGAGUUUUGAGCCCAGUAAAGAAAUGGAGUGGGAAUGCAAAGGUCCAAGGUUCAAUUCUGCAUGGGGACUCGUUAUGUUGUCUUUCUCCCAUGGCUUGUGACAAAAUGAAAAACUUCUUUCUCUGUUUCUUUACUGAGCUCAAAACUUACCAUCUCUCUUCUACUAUUUACUCAAGAGCAUGUGGUGUUCCAUCUUGCUUGAAUGCGGCAGUUGAUACUUUUUCCUCCUCAGGGACAUAGCAAGAGGAUGAGAGGGAUCAUUAUGGGCCUCACUCUCCUUGGUGAGAUGUUUUUGUUGCAAAAACACACAAACAGAAUAAUUCAGAUGGAGAAGAAGUCAAAUUGUAAUAUAUACAUAGCUUUCAUGAUGGAAUGCACUUCUAACAAAACCUUACUUUAAGAAAAAUAUAGUGUGGAUAUCAACAUGACAGUCAUGUUGUCACCUUGGAAGUGACAUACCGGUAGUUUGAAUCCCCUUUGUAAAAUCUCAGCUAUACCCCUAAUUCUUGUUGCCUUUUUGCUGGAUAGUGUGUGCAAAUUGUGAAGAGAAAUUCAUUGUGAAUAUGGCUUUCAUAAGUCAAAGUGAAAGGCAUUGUAUUGUUAGUGCCAUUAAAUGUGAAGUAGGGUGCAAGAACUGCCACAAGCCUCUCUGAGAGGGAAAAAGAAUGGGAAAAUGGAAAAAGGAGCAAUCAAUUUAUGUCUACAUUCUUCUGGCAACUACAUCUAUAUUUUGCCCAUUUUUUUUAAUAUCACUUUUAAAAACCACAGUCUAUACAAUGUUGAUGUACAUAAUUUUCCUCUACCUUGAGCUCUAAAUGGUAUACAAGUUCUACAGUUAGGCAAC